UUCACUCCCUUCACCAUGGGAAACAUGAAGGUGCAUCAGUUGGCAGGUGGAUUCUUGGAGCACGAACCAUCUCUCUCCCUUGGAUUUAAGCGGUUACGCCCUCUCGCAUCCAAGCUGCACCACCACCACCACCAGCCCUCCUCCACUGAUACCGUCUCCUCCUUCGACCUCAAGAGCUUCAUUAGACCAGACAGUGGCCCUAGAAAGCUUGGCCCCUCUGACCAUAAACGUGAUUCUCUUCAGGUGGAAACACACCCUGGAGGUACGCGGUGGAAUCCUACCCAAGAACAGAUAGGGAUUUUGGAGAUGCUGUAUAGAGGUGGGAUGCGAACUCCAAAUGCACAACAAAUAGAACAAAUCACUGCGCAGCUAGGAAAGUAUGGCAAGAUCGAAGGCAAGAACGUUUUCUACUGGUUCCAAAACCACAAAGCACGCGAGAGACAAAAGAUGAAGCGCAGCAGCCUUGGCCUUGGCCAUUGUGCGAGAAACUCACCUCCCUUAACUAGCAUAACUUUGGAUACUAGGGUGGAAAUAAUGGAAAGAUCAGAUGAUGAUAGUCCAUAUAAGCGGAAGUGCAAAAGCUGGUCGUUUGAAUACUUGGAAGAAGACAGCAGAUCGCCAUGUAAAGAGAAGGAAAAUAGAACUCUGGAGCUAUUCCCGUUGCACCCAGAAGGCAGAUGAAGGGGUCUGAAAGUAGAAAAAAGAAAUGCAAACCCAAUUACCAAAAAGACAAAAAAAAAAACUGCUAGAUAACCAAAACUCCGUUCCCAUUAUGAUAUGCUUUGAAGAAGAUGAUGAUGAAAUGUGGUAGCUUUUUCUUUCUUUUUUUCUUCUUUUGUUUCGGGAAAGAAGAAAGACAAAGAUGUCUCUCCUCAACUCUACUGCUUAUUUAUUCCUGACUUAAAACCAAAGCAGAUUUAUG